CAUCUACUUACUGUCCACGUUCCACGUUAACCUAACACCCAUCGAAACCACCAAAAAACAAGAAACAACCCCACUCUACAGACAUACAUACAUACAUCAUGGAUAAGCUCUCCGGACUCGCCUCGAAGCUGGGUGGAAGCGGCGGCGGCAGCAGCAGCAGCAGCUCCAACAAUGCGGGCGGGGCCCAGCAGGAGGACUACGUUGAUAAGGGCCUCGACUCGCUCGAAAGCAAGUUCGGCGGGGGUAAGGUCGAUCCGCACUCGGCCAAGAUGCGCUCCACCAACGAGAAGAUCACCGACACCGCGCGCGAGAAGUUUGAGAGUAUCACGGGCAAGAAAGUGCCCUCGAAGAUCUCGAACUAAUCAAUUAAGUAAUUCCUCUUAAUCAUUUAAUGUCAUGUCCAAGAUGAAUUAUACAUUAUACCAGUCGGAGGGAUGGACAGGUUGUGAUAUGAUAUGAUAUGAUAUGAUAUGAUCUUUCAUGCUACGAUGUACUUAUCUCCUCCCCCCA